CAGGACUCAGCAGAUCGAAGAAAUAUUUUAUCGAUUCGUAAUAAUUCAUCCAAUUCAUAAAUUGGAUUUGGGAUUCCAAAUUGUUAGUUUCUUCUAAUAUUUAGAAAUACCGAAAAAAUGUUUCCUUCACGGCAAAUUGUUUCAAGACUGAUGCAGCAAACAGUCCGUCGCUACCACGGUGACCAUGGAUUCAAGCCUCCAAGCAUGGAUGAGCUGCCGGUGCCGCGCGGCUCGUGGCAGGCUGACUAUGAUGCUGCAAACCGCCGCUACAAUGCCGUGCUAGUGCUCGGCAUCUCUUUCUUCGUUGGCUCCUUUGCCAUAGCCAAGUCAUCAGGGCUGCUGUACUUCAACUACGCCCCACCCAAGUCCCUGGACUAAACAGUUACAAUAUCAAUUGAGUAUUAGGUGCAUUAUUGUUUAGUUCAAUAUAAUAUUAUAUGAUAUAAAUCA